AUGGGCUGCGGGAUUCUCAAAAACAAUGGAAGAAUUUCUCAUCAGGUUACCGCCGCCCGCACAAGCAGAAACAAAUGUGCCAAGGCAGUUAAAAGACCUCUUUCUAUUGUACCAGAAUCAGAGGAGGAUGAGGGUCUUAUUAUUAUAGAUACAGAGGAAGAGGAGGCUUGGGAGCAACCUGAUAAACGCUUUAUAUUUCCAAAGAGGUUUCAAGAAGCUGCGCCACUAGACCAUCCAUUUAGUGCAAUCAAACGACAGCAACAAAAGAAGUGGCUAGAGGAGCUGAACAAGCAAAGAGAGGAGGCUACCCAACGCAAACUGCAAGAGAAGCAGAAGUUCCAGGCGACUGUUGAACAGGAUCAUUGGGCAAUGCAUUUCGAUUCAUUUAAGAAACAAACAGAUUAUCAAAUUCCUGUGUAUCAGCAAACAGCAAAGUUUCAGCAGUAUGAAAAUACUGUCUCAACCGCAGACCCAGCAGCCAUGGAGCAAGAGACGUCUCCAGCUCCCAGUAAUUUCCAUAAAGAACGAUCAGAAACGCUGAAAUCCACUGAGGAAGAACAUUUUCAAAGUCAGAAAUCAGGGUUUCUGCGUACUAUGACCUCCUUGUUGGACCCUGUACAGAUUGAAGAGAGGGACAGGAAGAGGCUGAAGCAGUUGGAACACCAGAAAGCCAUAGCAGCUCAAGUUGAACAGAAACGGCAGAGAAAACAGCUGGAAGAUGAACAAAGACAACGGGAAGAGCAGGAGGAGGAGAGGCGACUGAUGAGAGAGCGGGAGCAGAUGCAGAAGCAGUAUGAAGAGGACUCAUCCAGACAGAAACACAAAGAAGAGGUUCUUAGUCUGAAGACAAGAGAACUGCACCAGAGCAUGCAGAGGGCACAGGAAGAAGCGCAGCGGCUGAAGCAGGAGCAGCGAAUGCGUCACUUACUGCAGAAAGGACAUGACGUAUCCAAUCUGCAGAAAAAUGUAGCAGGUGAGGCAGUCAACCUGGACUUUAACAGAGUUUCUAGUCGUUCUACUGACAUUGUAUCGGAUGACUAUCAAAGUGCCACCAACAGUGUUACGAAACAGAGUGUUUCAGCAUUAACCUCCCCAAGGAAAGAUACUGCUGUUCAGACAGAUGACUUAAUGAAGUCAGAUUUUGUAUCCAAUUCCAAUGAGACAAAAUGGAGACAUGAUCAGAAUGCCUCUCCUGAUAUACCCAUAGAAUUCCAUGAUGUUCAGCCAAAGGCUGAACUACAAACAAAAAAGACAAAGUCUCAUAGAGACCGAAAUGAUUCAAGCAAGGAAAACACAAAUAUCUACAGCAAUGCUUAUGAUCAAUUUGCAAGAACAGAAAAACAGGUCAGAGAACAUCGAAAGCCAGACUGGAAUAAAAACAAGCCUCACAGGAAAUUCGUCCCGGCUUCUGAGAGAUACCCCAAAGGGCUUCAGAAACAGAGGGAGGAGAGCAAGGUGCGGAGGCAGGCAGAGCUGCUUCAUCUAGUGGAGAAAAACUCUUCUAACAACCUACACGUUAGAAAAGGGAAUUCCCCAGAAAAGUCUCCAAUUCCACAAGAUGAUGUCAAGUUCUCCCGACCUCAUGAGGAUGUCAAGAUUGUCCAAGAGUCUAAGAAGCAUUUUCCUGGAGAAAUUGAGGCUCUUGCAGAUCCACUAGAUGAAGAAAAAUUUCAGAAAGGUGACUGUGGUAUAAAUAGGUCAGACUCUCCGCCAGUUCCUGCUGUGAAAAACAGAUUACAUCAAGCUCAGAAAAGAAUGCAUGUGGCUCCUAUUCCUCCAGUUUACAAUGGGAAUACCCUGUCCAUUCAACAGAAUGUCUCUCCAGACCUUGACAAACAGGAAUCUGAGCGACCACCUUCCUCACAAUUUAUACCAUAUGUACGGACAAAAGAGAUCUACUAUCUGGAUCCUGAUGCCCCGAUGUCAAGGCCUUCAACACAUGACCCACAGUACAGACGGGCUGGUACUGAUCAAGAAUCACGAAAAAUAUUCAGCUCUGAUCAUGCCAGUGACCCAUUACUGAAUCCUAAUAUUGUCAGAAAUAAGGACCGACAGCAAGCGAUACUCAGAGGAUUAUCAGAAUUACGGAAGGGCUUGCUACAGAAACAAAGGGAACUUGAGACCGGUUUAAUGCCAGACAUUUGAGGAGGUGGAAUAUACAUGGCCAGUUAUGUGUGGUCAUUUCUGAACUGUGCUUGGGAGUAUCUGUAUUAGGUUAAUAAUAUGCACUGUAAUGUGAAUUUCUGUGUUUGCUGCUGUUUACUGUGUAUUUAUUAGACUUCUUAUGAGCGUGUCAAUUUUGUAGAAUUUGUUUUUGAUAAAUAAAUAUUUUUAUAAGUAUA